AUGAACUGUGGGGUGAUGUUCUAUCUUUUAAUUGGUAGACCAUGGCAGUUUGAUAGAAAGGUCAUCCAUGAAGGAGCUUCUAAUGUGUACUCAGUGUUAGUUGGCUCUAAGAGGGUUCGAUUGCCAUCCCUAGCUACUCAUUCAUUGGUGCCAAAACAACCACCUAAGACACCAAGUUUCUUUCUAAAUUCAAGGGAGUUCGAGCAAGAAGUGGAGGAAGAAGGUUGUUCUUAUGCCUUGGUUAUUACAACUGCUACCACAAGUAUCAAGACUCCUAACAAUGAGAAGCUUGAAGGAUUGUUGAAAGAAUUUGCGGAUGUCUUUCCUGAGGAGUUACCACAAGGACUUCCACCCUUGAGAGGUAUAGAACAUGAUAUUGAUCUUAUACCUGGCGCCCCUUUGCCUAACAAGCCUGCUUAUAGAUGUGAUUCAGUGGCUUCUGGGGAGUUGCAACGCCAAAUUGAAGACCUCAUUGAGAAGGGUUAUGUGAAGGAGAGCAUGAGACCAUGUGUUAUGCCAACUUUAUUAGUCCCUAAAAAGGAUUGUACAUGGAGGAAGUGCAUAGAUAGUAGGGCAGUCAAUAACAUUACGGUCAAGUAUUAG